UGGACAGGUCGACUAACUUCCUGAAUAAAGUCAGUGUGGUGGGGAAAAAAUAACGCACCCGUCGACAAUAAUGGCCAAACGUCCUGCUGUAGAUGAAGAACUUUCAGCCAUCCUGAAUGAGUUGUGGAAGUUAGAUGUGAACCGCAUGAAGCCUGGGAAAGACUACACCAUCAAUCUGCAGGGAAAGGCUGAUUACGUGGCUCAGGGCAGUAACAAUGCUAGAGACAAAGCCAGCGCUCAUCUGUUCACAUAUGUCAACGAGGAUAAACUCAACAGCAUCGCCACAUAUGCUAGUUUCAUAAAACUCCUGGACAACUAUGAGAUGUCCACAGGUGUGGCAGAGAAGGUGACUAGCGAGGAGUUGAAGGAGAACGAUGUCUUCCUCAAUGCCAUCCUACAGACCCAGGUCAUGAAGCAUGCACAUAAAUAUUUAGUCAGUAAAGGACAGGCCCCAUCUGACAUAGCUCAGUUUAAAAAGCAGCUCUUCGACAUCUGGUUCAAGCUCUAUAACAGAGACAAAAGUGGAGGUGCAGACUCGUGUGGAUUUGAACACGUGUUUGUGGGUGAGACCAAGUAUGGAAAAGAGAUCAUGGGCCUCCAUAACUGGGUUCAGUUUUACCUGCAGGAGAAGCUGAACUUUGUAGACUACAAGGGAUAUAAAGCCAGGGAUAAAGACAUGCCGGAUGCCAACGAUCACGUCGUUAACCUGCAGUUCAGCUGGAAAGGCCUGGUGAAGCCAAUGGGCAGCUCAUUUAUUGGCGCCAGCCCUGAAUUUGAAGUGGCGCUCUUCACCAUUGUGUUCCUGAAGAGUAACGAACGUGUCACUAACGCUGUGGUCAAAGUGGAUGAGUAUGUGUUGGAGGUUGUGGUUUGUCGACACGGACGUGCUAUCGGAACGUCCUACCCCAAACUACUGAGCAGCAACAACAGGGAUCUGUAGUUUUUCUACUGAUCAUGCUGUAAGGAUUUUAGUUUCUUUCUUACAGUAUGGCCUCAUAAUCGGCACCAAUAUAAUUAGCAAUAGGUCCUAUAUUCAGAAAUAACAUUGAGUCCUUACAUUACAGCUGGAAUUGUUUACACAAUAAACUGUUACUGACAUGUACUUUUUACAAGCUCAAGUGCCUUUACCGACAUUUCUUGCAUCUGAAGAACAAAAACUCUCAUUUGUAUGUGACACUGCAUAUUACACACAAAUCUUAAUGUCAACUGCAGUCCAGUGUUGCUACAGUUGGCUAAUUUGGUUUAAAGUUUUAUUAAUAUUAAACUUAAUUUAGAUUAUGACCUCUUGUGUUUAUUGCAGCUACUUUUUCUGUUUUGUUUUUUUUAAGACAGAGAAAUAUAUUAAGUUAAAGUCAUGAAUAUUAAUGAUCUAUUAGCAUGGUACUUGGUAUUUUGAGAAUGUCUUGAGGUCCAGAAGUAAUUGUCGCUGGAUCAACACAUUAUUUUAGUAGGAAGUUAAAUAUGUUUGUUUUCACAAUCCAUAUUUUAAAAUAAAUAAACUGAAUGUGCGUCA